AUGACGCAAGAUCAAGCAGCUUGUGCGCCAGCAGGCCAGCACCCCAUGGCAGUGGCGCCCCAAGCGUCUGGCUCUGAGAAAGACGCACCUAUUCAGAAUACCGGCGUUGCCGAUACUGAGAUGACGAUGCCAAGGUACCCUGACCAGACCAGCCCGUCCUACCCAAGACACCAAAAUCACUACCAAACCAUGUCUACCAAAUACACCUCUCCAGCCCACCGCGGCAGAUAUACGUUCGAACUCAGGAAGCCACUAGUCCAAGAGCUCGGAGACUACAAGCAUAAGAAGAGCUUAAUGCUCCUUAAACCAGGAACUAAGGCUAUCCUGAAGGACUUUGAGUGGACUUUGAGUAUGACACCUACGCGGCUGGGGCACACAUGA